AUGGAUGGCGACCCGGCUGUGGAGUCAGAACUCGACUCCUUCAGUCUUAUACUCCCCUUGCCCUACCGAAUUUCAUUGAUGUUUGUACUAGGUGUAUGGGCAUGGGGCGCCAACCUCCAUUACCUCUCUCUCGUCAAGAUUGACGUCCCCUCGCUCCUCCACUACCCCCCGCGAGCCUCCCCUCGAACAGACCUCCCUCACUACCUCGCAACCUACCGGCUGGGUCUCCUUCUCUCCCUGCCUACAGCCCUCUCUCUGCUCAUAUUCUGGGCCGUCUCGCGCCGUAACCCAAGCCUAGUGAUCUACUACGACUCCCUGCCCAUGUCGCUCCUCGUCCUGCUCGCCCUCAUAUUCGUUCUCCCCCGGCGCUUUUCCUCCGGAGGACGAACGAGAUUUCUGAAAAUGCUCCUACGCGUCGCAAUUGGUGGCCUCGCACAACCUCACGAUGGGAAAUUCGGCGAUAUCUUGCUGGCAGACGUGCUCACGUCCUACGCAAAGGUAAUAGCGGACUUGUUCGUGGCCCUCUGCAUGUUCUUCUCGCGCAAUGGGUCUGCCACUAAACGCCCCGACCGCGGAUGCGGCGGACAAUAUCUCGUACCGAUCAUAAUCUCUCUCCCAUCGCUCAUCCGCAUCCGACAAUGCCUGACCGAGUACCUGCGCGUGCGCUCUUCCAACCGCAGGAACGGGGGAAUGGGCUCCCAUGGAUGGGGCGGCCAGCAUCUCGCCAACGCUCUCAAGUACGCCUCGGCGUUCCCCGUCAUCAUCCUGUCCUCUGUACAGCGUAACCUGAACCUAAACGAAGAUCCUACCCGCCUCACAGAGAAGCCGCUCUACCGCGCUUGGUUCGUCGCCGUGCUGCUCAACUCGAUGUACAGCUUCUAUUGGGACGUCGCCAAGGACUGGGACCUCACGCUCUUCACCACUCUCAUAUCCCGCGCUCGCAGCGGCAGGAGCAGCAGCAAGCCGAUGCCGUUCGGGCUGCGCUCGCGCCUCUACUUCCCUAGCCCGGCCAUCUACUACGCUGCCAUCUUCCUCGACCUGCUGCUCCGCUGUACCUGGUCCAUGAAGCUCUCGCCGCACCUCGAUCACUUCGCCAACUUUGAGUCCAUUAUCUUUCUCACGGAGUUCCUGGAGGUCAUGAGGCGAUGGAUGUGGAUCUUUUUCCGCACCGAGACAGAAUGGGUGCGCAGCGCUGAGAAGGCCGGCUUCGGUGAACUCGGCCAGGAUGACGUGCUGUUAGGGGCGUACAGGGACGGUGAGGAGGACGUUCUAGAUCUGGAUAGCGACUUUGGGCACGCGAGCUCGGGCGGCGAAUGA